AUGCUGUCUGUAGAGCAAGUAACAUCGGUACAUGAAUCAAUUGGUAAAUAUGAAAACUCGGCAUUGAUGCUUGUGAAGUUUCUGUUGAACAUGCUUAUUUCUGUAACAAACACUAGGGAAAAAUCAAGGAUAUUUUUUCUUUUCCCACUUGAAGUCUAUGAAAGUGUCCCAGGCAGAUACAUUCUUCAGCCGUUUCAUCCAACCGUUAGGCAGGUCUUGGACACAGAGGAGGAUGCAAAAUAUGCAAUUGAGGCGUUUGAGGAGAUGCUGUGCGAUUUGGAUUCCAGAGUAGAUGCGUUAAUAGGCAAAGAGCACAGAGCAGAGUACAUUCAGUUUGAAAAUGAAGUAGGAGUGUAUUUCAAGCAAUACUUCGAAGAUAUGGACGAGUUAAAGAUUCCGUUUGAAAUGAGAAAUCCGGGAUUGUACUCGAAAGGAAAGGAUCCAAGGGUUUGCUUCAAAGACAUACUUGAUCUUCUUCCUGCAUUUAAAUGCAAUGAUGCGAAGUCAAGUGAGCUGUUUAUGCGAGUUUAUAGAACGAUCAACUUUAAUGAAACACUGACAAAUUCGAUAAUUAUAAAGAGGAUCUGCUCAGUGAGUUCACAAAUAAAUGAUGAUUUGAUCAAUCUACAUUUGAGCAAUGCAAUUGCCGACGAGGUCAUGUGCCAGAAUAGCCGUAUGCUGCGAACGUUUGUUGAGGCUUCGGUGAUCAGGUACAAGAUCAUGGACUCGGUUUUCUUCAUCAAUCAGCUCGACUGUGAGAUUGUGCAUAAAGAGCGUGAGGAGUCCAGUAUACUAGGGAUGAUAGCAGGGGUUAUUAUAGGUGUUUGUGUACUUGUUGCAGGGUGUAUUUUGAAAGUGCUAUUUCCUUUCUAA